UGUCAUUCAUUGUUUGAUUUUUGCGGCAACAGGACAUUUUAUAUAAAGUUUGUAAUUUGUAUCACAAGUAAUUUCUUUACAAAUAAGUGGUUCUUAAAAAUGGCUUCGUUAGCAGCGGCGCAAGUACAAGAAGUCAGGUCAAUAACUCGUAUAGAACGCAUCGGCGCUCAUUCUCACAUACGCGGGCUUGGAUUAGACGAUGCGUUGGAACCAAGAGCUAUAUCCCAGGGCAUGGUGGGCCAGAAAAUGGCGAGGAAGGCGGCUGGCGUCAUCCUGCAGAUGAUUCGAGAAGGUAAAAUAGCAGGCCGAGCUGUGUUGCUUGCCGGUCAGCCAGGUACGGGGAAGACAGCCAUCGCUAUGGGCUUGGCUCAAGCUCUUGGACCAGAUACACCAUUUACGAGCAUGGCCGGAUCAGAGAUAUACUCGCUGGAAAUGAGCAAAACAGAAGCGUUGACACAGUCCAUAAGAAAAUCGAUUGGAAUAAGGAUCAAAGAGGAAUCCGAGAUAAUCGAGGGCGAGGUCGUGGAGGUGAUGGUGGAGCGCUCCGCGGGGGGAGGGGGCGCGCGCUCCGGACGACUCACGCUCAAGACGACCGACAUGGAGACCAACUACGACAUGGGAACUAAGAUGAUCGACUCGCUGCUCAAGGAGAAGGUUCAAGCCGGAGACGUCAUAACAAUAGAUAAGGCAACGGGGAAGAUCAAUAAGUUGGGAAGGAGUUUCGCACGCGCUAGAGACUACGACGCAACAGGUCAACAAGCGCGCUUCGUUCAGUGUCCGGAGGGCGAGCUCCAGAAGCGUAAGGAAGUCGUCCACACGGUGACGUUACACGAAGUUGACGUCAUCAAUUCUAGAACGCAUGGUUUCCUAGCGCUAUUUUCUGGUGACACGGGAGAAAUAAAGUCGGAGAUACGAGAACAAAUCAACAGCAAAGUAGCGGAAUGGAGGGAGGAGGGGAAGGCGGAAAUGAUACCAGGUGUCCUCUUCAUUGAUGAGGCCCACAUGCUGGACAUUGAAUGCUUCUCGUUCCUAAACCGAGCGUUAGAAUCUGAAACGGCACCGGUCGUGAUCAUGGCGACGAAUCGAGGCAUCACGCGCAUCAGAGGAACGAACUACAAGAGUCCCCAUGGAAUACCACUCGACCUCCUGGACAGGAUGAUCAUUGUGCCAACGACACCGUACUCCCACCAGGAAUUGAGAGAAAUUUUAAAUAUUAGAUGCGAAGAGGAAGACUGUCAAAUGUCAGCGGACGCACUGACGGUGCUCACCCGGGUCGCAACCGAAACGUCUCUGAGAUACGCGAUACAGCUGAUAACAACUGCGUCACUGGUGGCCAAGCGGAGGAAGGCGUCCGAGGUCAGCAUGGAAGAUGUUAAGAAGGUCUACUCAUUAUUCCUGGACGAGCAUCGUUCCGAACAGUUCCUGAAAGAGUAUCAAGAUGAAUUUAUGUUCAACGACGGGGGUGGAGAUGCAACGCAGAUGAUGGAAGUUGCUCAGUAGCGUAUGAAAAUAAUGACGUGACAAUUAUUCCAAAUGCUUUAUACGAAACAAUUUAUUGUGUUAAUAAUUUGGGUGCGUUCAGAUUAAAUAACAUUAAUGUUCAGAAAAGCAAGAGGAGGGGGGGAGCAGGCAUGCUUGGAACAAAGUUGCUUUCGCUAUACAUUAACAAAUAAUAAAUUUAAACAAAACUGUAACGCUAUUUAUUUCGUGACGAUUUCUGCCGGUUAACAACUGCGAGUCGCGUUAAAGGGUUUCGUAAAAAGUAAAGUUACAUCCUGGAGAUGCUAUGUGCUAGACCUGCGGGUGGGUUUUUCCAAUAGAUUUAAGCUCGAGAUGAAUUAACGUUCUGUUUCUACCGUCUCAAGUGUUUUGUAAGGUCAGGGCUGAAAAGACCCAGAUCGACUCUUCGUAUGUCGAUAAAUUCGAGUGAUUGUCGUCCGAAUCGUUACAUAAAUAUGGUAUUAUUACUGUUACAGCAAUGUUGCCCAGUGUAAACGGCCAUACGAGUUGUGUAAUCUGAACGCACCUUUACAGAGGAUGACUUUUGUUAAGCUUUAAGCUAAUUUUAUAAUUAAAAUAAAUACGAUUCGACAGUU